CAACCCACCAGUGCACCCAUUAAAUAAGAAAUUUUAUAUUUCGUUCAACGUUCAACCGACAAUAAAAAUCAUCAUGAGGACUUUUAUGAUUCUGCUGGCAACAGUCGCCACAUCCUUAGCUUCCCCUGGAUAUAUCUAUGGUGCUGCACCCGUUGGACACGAUGGCCGAGUAGUGGACACUCCCGAAGUGGCUCACGCUAAGGCCGAGCAUUUGGCAGCGCACGCCAAGGAGGCCUCCAAAUAUGCCUAUGGUUAUGCCUAUGCACCAGCCCUCUCAUACGUCGAACACCAGCAGUACGCCUACGCCCCCAUUGUCGCAUACCAUGGAUCCGCUGCUCCCCUUGGUCACGAUGGACGUGUGAUUGAGACCCCCGAAGUAGCCCACGCCAAGGCCGCCCAUCUCCAAGCUCAUGCCCAGGAAGCCGCUAAGGCAGGUCAUGGACACGCUUACGAUUCUAUUGUCUACCACUACUCUCCUGCCCACUCCUAUGGAUACCAAUCCGCUGCACCUCUUGGACACGAUGGACGUGUGAUUGAGACUCCAGAGGUAGCACAUGCCAAGGCCGCUCAUCUCCAAGCUCAUGCCCAGGAAGCCGCCAAAGCAGCUCAUGGACACGCUUAUGAUGCUGUUGUGUACCAGUACUCUCCUGUCCACUCAUAUGGAUACCAAUCCGCUGCACCUCUUGGACACGAUGGACGUGUGAUCGAGACUCCUGAGGUAGCACUCGCCAAGGCUGCCCACCUCCAAGCUCAUGCCCAGGAAGCCGCUAAGCACGGCUAUGGACACGCUCAUGAUGCUGUUGUUUACCAGUACUCUCCAGUAAACUCCUAUGGACACCCAGUGGCUGCACCUAUUGGACACGAUGGACGUGUGGUAGAUACCCCCGAAGUUGCUCAUGCCAAGGCAGAGCAUCUCGCUGCUCACCACGCCGCCGCCGCCUCUUCUCAUCACUGGUGAAUCCUGACU